GUCAUAUUUAUCACACGUGCGCGCCUGCAUUGCUUUUUUCCACUAUAAAUAUAUUUUAGUUUCUAUCUAAUAAUUUAAUUUCAGUGUACAAGUCACACUACCUAUAACACAAUGCCUACACCAGACAAAAUCUUAAUGAGAAAAAUUAAGAAUAGAGAGAAGAAAAAACUUAAACUUAUUGCACAGAAAGCUGGUAACGAAGAUCAAGACCCCGCAGUUAGCCUACCAUCAGAGGUUAGGAAAAGGCCUUUGGAAGAAAGUAAAGCCAAUGAAAAAGCACACAAAAAGAAGAAAAAAAAGCCGAGAGUUGAGGUAAAAGAAGAGGCUAUGGAAGUAAAUGCUGCGUAUGACGAGAAUAAUGUUGAAAGUGAAGAUGAUAAUGGAGACAAUAAUGAAAUUGACAACAAAAACACAUCUGAUAACCAAUUGCCUGGUUCAAGUCUGUGCCUCGGAAUUCUGUCAGAUCAAAAAUUUUCUGCUUUGGAAGGAACUGUUUGUGAGCCUACUCUGAUGGGCAUCAAAGACAUGGGUUUUACUACAAUGACAGAAAUUCAAGCUAAGGCUAUACCACCAUUGUUGGAAGGUCGAGAUUUGGUUGGUGCAGCUAAAACUGGCUCGGGAAAGACUCUUGCCUUCCUUAUACCUGCUAUUGAACUGAUAUAUAAAUUAAAAUUUAAGCCAAGGAAUGGAACUGGUGUUAUUAUUCUGUCUCCAACAAGGGAAUUGUCAAUGCAAACAUUUGGAGUUUUAAUGGAAUUGAUGAAACAUCAUCAUCACACCUAUGGUCUUGUGAUGGGUGGUGCUAAUAGAAGCACAGAGGCCCAAAAGCUGUCAAAAGGUAUCAACAUAUUGGUUGCAACCCCUGGAAGGCUCUUAGAUCAUCUUCAAAAUACACCAGAUUUUCUGUAUAAAAAUCUUCAAUGCUUGGUUAUUGAUGAAGCUGACAGGAUCCUUGAAAUUGGUUUUGAAGAAGAGGUCAAACAAAUAAUUAAAUUGUUGCCAAAACAUCGUCAAACAAUGAUGUUCAGUGCCACACAAACAAAAAAAAUUGAAGCACUCACAGCUUUGGCAGUAAAACAUGAACCAAUUUAUGUUGGAGUUGAUGACCAUAAAGAGCAAGCAACUGUAGAGUCAUUAGAACAAGGAUAUAUUGUGUGUCCAUCAGAAAAACGCAUGAUGGUGUUGUUCACAUUUUUAAAGAAGAACAGGAAGAAGAAAGUUAUGGUGUUCUUUUCGACCUGCAUGUCUGUUAAAUACCAUCAUGAGCUUUUCAACUACAUUGAUUUACCUGUUAUGUCCAUACAUGGCAAGCAGCAACAGACUAAACGAACUACAACUUUCUUCCAAUUCUGCAACGCUGAAUCAGGGAUUUUAUUAUGCACAGAUGUCGCUGCAAGAGGUCUUGACAUUCCAGCUGUCGAUUGGAUAGUGCAAUAUGAUCCGCCUGAUGACCCCAAGGAAUACAUACACAGAGUCGGCAGAACAGCUCGAGGUCUCGGCACAAGUGGUCACGCUUUGCUUUUCCUACGCCCUGAAGAGCUAGGAUUCUUAAGAUACUUGAAGCAGUCCAAAGUGACCCUCAACGAAUUUGAGUUCUCUUGGAACAAAGUUGCCGAUAUACAACUACAGCUUGAAAAACUAAUAUCAAGGAAUUAUUUCCUCAACCAGUCUGCAAAGGAAGCAUUCAAGAGCUACUUGCGAGCCUACGACUCUCACCAUCUCAAAACUAUAUUCGAUAUUGAUACUAUAGACAUGGCGAAGGUUUCUAAAUCUUUCGGAUUCACAGUACCACCUGCGGUUGAAUUGAAAGUUGCUAAUAAAGGUCCGCCAACGAAAAGAAAAGGCGGUGGCGGUUAUGGUUAUUUUAAGUCUCUGAACGCACCAACCAGCCACAAGAAUAAGGCUGAGAAAACGAAAAUGUAUAGACAGAAAGGUGGCAACAGGAAACAACAAAAUUAAUUUAUUCAAUAAGGAAUAA